AUGUUGGGUAGUCUUGAUUGUAUGCACUGGGACUGGGCGGCAUGUCCAACCGCUUGGAAAGGGCAACACCAUCGUGGUGACCACAAUAGUCCAACCACGAUAUUACAAGCGGUCGCUUCUCAAGAUUUAUGGAUUUGGCAUGCGUACUUUGGCAUGGCUGGUGCGAACAAUGACAUUGCAGUUUUAAUGUCCUCGAAUCUAUUCGACGAUGUCAUAGACGAGGUUGAACCAGAUACUUCAUUAUAUGCAAACGACGUGGAGUAUAAGUAUGGCUACUAUCUCACAGAUGGUAUUUAUCCCGAGUGGGCGACGUUGGUAAAAACUCUUUCGUGUCCAGAUGACGAAAAAAGAUUGUAUUUCAAGAAAAAACAAGAGUCAGCAAGAAAAGAUAUCGAGCGGGCUUUCGGCGUGUUAAAAAAAGAUGGUCUAUCCUCUCCCAACCGUCGAGGAUACUUGAAAAAGGGUGAACUAAUUGCACAACAAGGUUUAAUGAUACAAGAUCAAAAGAAUAUUAUUAAGGAUCAUGAACAACAAAUUGGUAAUUUCGUGGAAGAAAACAAGAAACAAUUUGAGAAAAUUAGGUUGUUGGUUGAAAAUGAUAAGCAAAAGUUACCGAGCUUGUGA